AUGUUCUUGACCAAAUACAAGGCCGAUUUGUUAAAGGCACUCCGACCCGAAUUGGACAAGAUAAGAGCGGAUGUAGGCGAUCUUGGGCAGCUCAAGGCAAGCACCAUUGUCAAUCACAGCCACUUCCAGAUGGCCAAGACGGUCUUAAAUGACAAAUCACAGAUGAUUGUUCUCGACACUCGAAAAGCACCAAUCAGUCUCGAUGAGGAGCCCGCUCGUCCUGUCAAGAGAGCCAGAAAAGAAGGGCCCCUCGAUCUCAAUCAGUCAGACUACACCACUGAGGAGCUGAGUUUCCACAAACUCCAGGAGGUUGUGGAGUAUUAUGAGCACAUCGCGCAAAUAAUGCGCUUCCACAUCGAGGAGCAUCGCAUCGGACUGACACGGCUUGACACGUACCUCCAGAUGCUCCAGAGACAAGAGCUUGCUCCCUACAUCGGAAAGACUCCAGUGAUACAUCCAAAUCGGACGAAUAAACAAUGA